AUGUGGGCACGUCAAUGCAUUCCUUGCCAAAAAUCCAAAAUUCAUAAACAUAUUCACCUCACUCCUAUCCAUAUUCCUAUUCCUGAAAACAGAUUUUCGCAUAUUCACAUUGACAUAAUCAAAUUGCCUAAUAUUAAUGGAUAUCCUUAUUGCCUAACAAUUAUCGACAGAUUUACAAGGUGGCCAGAAGCUGUUCCUCUAAAGGACAUUUCUGCAGACACGAUUGUCCAAGCCCUAUUUUCAAACUGGAUAUCAAGAUUUGGUACACCAUGUGUGAUAACAUCCGACCAAGGAUGCCAGUUUGAAUCAGCUAUAUUCAAAUCAUUAAUGAAUGCAAUAGGUGCUAAGAAAAUACGGACAACGGCAUAUCACCCUCAGUCCAAUGGCCUAGUUGAACGCUGGCAUAGAACUCUGAAAGCAGCUUUAAUGUGCUCUCCUGAGCCUUGGAUCGAAGUAUUACCUGUAGUCUUACUAGGUUUACGUUCUUCAUACAAAGAAGACCUUAAAGCAUCUCCUGCUGAGAUGGUUUAUGGAACCACAUUAAGACUACCAGGCGAAUUUUUCACAACUAAAGAACUGUCAUCCGAUCCACAAGCAUUUCUGGACUACCACAGAAGAAUAAUGCGGGAUAUUAAACCUACAGCCACAGCUCAUCAUAAUAAAGCCAAUAUGAAAGCGACCGUUCAAGCGAAAAUUCCAGCCAAAGUCCUGAUCCAGUCUCAAAUGCCAACGCCAUCAAUUCUCUCCUUACUGGACCCACUUCCUCUAUCUACCAGAGAUCAUCAUUGCCGACACGGCAGAAAUCUCCAACAACGCUGCAAGAAGAGAAUAAUCAUUUUUCCAGAGAGUCCUUUGAAUCAGUUAAAUUUAGGAGGAUUGGAUGCCAAGAGCCUUGGAUUACCAACCAGAGAUUUGGUUAAUAAUAAUGCAAGUUUAGUUGGUCAUCAUCUAAAUGGAACUGUUGCAAGCAUGCUCGGUUUACAAAAUCUUCCACCGUUGGGAGCACCAUCUCCAGUCACGAGUCAAAUAUCAUCUCGCCUUUCAUGUACUCCAGCAUUAGGAGCUCCUUUGAAUUUGAGUGUUGGUGGUCAACCACAAGGGUUAUUCCGAGGAUUAACCAGCUCACCUUCGCCAGUGAGCAUGAACGUCCAAGGAGCAGUUCCAGCCCCCAUGCCUCAACUUAUCUUGGCUAGUGGUCAAAUGGUACAAGGAAUACAGGGUGCACAACUAUUAAUACCCACAUCACAAGGUCUAGCAACUCAAACAAUCCUCACUAUACCAGUGUCCCAUGUCAAUACAAAUGACCAAAUGGUAAAUCUAGCCCUCUCCUCCGGUCAAGUUAUAACAGCUUCUUUAGCAGAACUCCAAGCAAUGGCUGAAUCUACCAGGCAGAUGCAACAGCCUUCUUCAGAUGAGCAACUUGUUCGCGUGCGACAACUUCUUGACGCUUUUCGCAAGCAGCAGCAAAUCAGGGAACGAAUGGAUAGAGAAGUCAAAACUUCCAGGAAUGAUCAUGUUGAAAGUAUGGCGAUUGAUCAACAUACUAAAUCGACAAUUGAACAACAACAUGAAAAGUUGAUGGAGCAACAAAUGGAACAGCAUCAACAGAAGAUGCUGAUUGAGCAGCAUCAACAAAAAUUGAUGAUAGAACAACAUCAGCAAAAGCUUAUGAUGGAGCAGCAUCAACAGAAGUUGAUGGAACAAAGAUUGUUGGAAGCAGGUGAAAGAGAAAGGAGUAGAAGUGAAAAGACUGUUCGGCAGCAUAUGAGCAUGGCGUCUCACAGGUUUCCUCCAAUGUCUUCUGAAAAUGUUCAAAACGGUCUCUCUACAUCUAAUACAACAUUAUCGCCUACAAUACCACGGCUAAAUGGAGAAUUAACAAUAACACCAGCAAACACCAAUAAUAGCUCAUCCCUUGUCAGUUCAUUAGGUAGCACAGGCAUGAAUUCUAGUGGAAUAGGCUCGAACUUGUCAGCAAAUUUAUUAGGUGGACUACCAAGCAUUCUUCAACAAUCACAAGACCACCUCAUGAGUUUGAAAAGGUCGCCAAUGUCCACGCACAGCGAGCAGGACGAUGAAAAUGAUCUCUUGAUGGAAGAUUGUGGAAAUCAACCAACAAUAAACCAAACAAACUGCAACACUGUGGAUGGAAUAAAUCUAGAUGAGAUAAAAGAAUUUGCUAAAGCCUUCAAAUUAAGAAGGCUCUCUUUAGGUUUAACGCAAACCCAAGUCGGCCAAGCCCUUUCGGUCACAGAAGGCCCGGCUUAUAGUCAGAGCGCCAUUUGCAGUGCCCUGGCCGCACAGAUGUUUUGCGCUGCUCAACUAUCGACACAACAUCAAAAUAUGUUUGAAAAACUGGACAUUACACCGAAAAGCGCCCAAAAAAUUAAACCUGUUCUUGAGCGAUGGAUGAAAGAAGCUGAAGAAAGGUACAAAAGUGGACAGAACCAUUUGACCGACUUCAUAGGCGUGGAGCCAUCCAAGAAACGAAAAAGGAGGACAUCAUUUACGCCUCAGGCUUUGGAGUUACUAAAUGCCCAUUUUGAGAGAAAUACACAUCCUUCAGGUACUGAAAUAACAGGGUUGGCCCAUCAGUUGGGCUACGAGCGCGAGGUCAUCCGCAUCUGGUUCUGCAAUAAGCGCCAAGCAUUGAAGAACACAGUGCGCAUGAUGUCCAAGAGCAUGGUGUAAUGUAAAAAUUUACAUUAGCUGUUCGUGAUAAACACUAAAAGUUAUAUUAAAAAUUAAUGGAAGAAGACGAUUGACUUCUAUUCUAUUCAGUUACACGAAGAAAAUCAUCA